CCAAUCUAGAAUCUAGACAAUCCAAUCCAGGGAAGAAGACGCCUCGUGUGUUGCACUUUUUUUUUUGCUACGCGUGUGUGGCGUCGGUUGCCGCGCUUGUGUGCCUUUCUUUCAAUCAGGGCUCGCUCGCUGUUCUACUCCUGUUCUACGAUGCUUCUGAUGUACUACCUGGACGAGAGCGGCAACCGUGUUUACACGCUGAAGCACGUCUCCCCAACUGGGAAGCCGACACUGUCGGCGCACCCGUCGCGCUUCUCGCCGGACGACCGCUUCUCCCGCUACCGAAUCUUGGUGAAAAGGCGCUUCAACCUGCUGCCCACCCAGCAGCCCAAGGAGGCCUGCUAAGCAUGGCGGGCCUCGAAGAAGUGGGAAUUCCCGGCAGGGAGUUUCUUCGCGAAGCUCUAACGAACUGUUCCGAUCCCCUACGCGCAAUCGAAGAGUUUCAAGAAGAAAAUGGCAUCCUGUUGCCGUCUCUCCGUCCGAUGUUGCCUUUGCUCGACCUGCACGGGGUCUGCAGGCUGGAAUUCCACACGUCCGUGCUCGACGAGCUCAAGGAGCGGCUGCUCCAGCAGAUCGAAAACUUGGGCAAGCAAGAGGGCCGCGAGAAGAAGCUACGCGAGCUUCUACAGAAAAGCUUUCCCGUGAUCCGGGUGCCUGCGCUCAGGCCGGUCGUCAUGUGCAUCCUCAAGAACAUGGAGCACGUCGACGAGAAGUACCUCAAGCAGCUGGUGAGCGACAAGACGCUCUACAAGGAGUGCGACGUCCAGGUGAAACGUCAGAUCUGGCAGGAGCACCAGAGCCUGUUCGGGGACGAGGUGCUUCCCCUGCUGUCCCAGUACAUCCGGGACAAGGAGGAGGCCCUGUGGUCCGGGCCGGCCGACGUGGCCUUCUUCGGGCCGUCACCCAAACAGCGUCGCCAGGGGCCCGUCCUCCAGAAGCUGCUGGUCAUGGUGGGGCGCAACGUGGUGCUCUACGACAUGGUGCUCCAGUUCCUGCGCACCCUCUUCCUCAGGACGCGCAACUCUCACUACUGCACCCUGCGCGUCGAACUGCUCAUGGCACUGCACGACCUCGAGGUUCAGGACAUCACCGCUGUGGACCCGUGCCACAAGUUCACCUGGUGUCUGGAUGCCUGCAUCCGAGAAAAAAAUGUGGACACAAAGCGAUCCAGGGAGCUCCAGGGGUUUCUGGACAGCAUCAAGCGGGGUCAAGAGCAGGUGCUCGGAGACCUGUCUAUGACCCUCUGCGAUCCGUAUGCCAUCAACUUCCUGGCCCAGUCAUCUAUGAAGAUCAUUCACCACCUGAUCAACAUGGAGGGAUUACCACGGGACAACCAGGUGCUGGUGCUUCUAUUGCGCAUGCUUGCCUUGGGACUCCAGGCCUGGGACAUGAUCAGCGGACAGCAAUACAAGGAGCCCAAGCUGGACUCCCAGCUGGUGACCAAGUUCCUGCCAGCGCUGAUGUCCCUGAUGGUGGACGACCAGGUGCGGAGCCUGAGUGCACGUCUGCCCCAAGACGACAGGGAGUCAGCCAUCACCACCAUCGAGCACUCGGGGCCUCCUCCGGACGCCUACCAGGCCUACGUGCAGGAGAACUCUGUGGCCAGUGUGCUGGCACUCUACUACACCUUCUCCACAGCGCGUCAGCGGGAUCGCCUGGGCCUGAUGCGGGUGCUGGGAUCGUUGGCUGGGGCGGAGGGCCAACGUGCCUACCAGGACCCCUUCCUCCACACCCUGGUGGGCCACCUGGUGCCCCUGGGAGAGGAGUUUGCCCACGAGGACUUCUGCACAGUGGUAUUUGACGAGUUCUUCCUGAGUGCCCUGAGCGGGGCCUCGGCCCUACCUGCGGCCAGGCACCUGCUGCGCCUGCUCUGGCACAUCCACCCGAGGCUGCCUCAUGCCCGCCUGCAGGGCUUACUCAAGGCGCUGCAACCUCUGGCUCAGGCCCAUGAGACCCUGCAGCCAGCAGUGCAGGCCUUGCAGGAGAAGGUGAAGGAGCCUGCCAUAGUGGAAGCCCCAGCCUCGGACUCACCCCUGCUGAGCGUGCCAGCCCCCACCCCCAUCUGAGGGAAGGCAGCGAAACGGCGAUCCUUUGCCACAAGUCACAAAACAGCCGCAGACCCCAAGGAGACCAUUGCAGACGGAGGGGGACGAACUAUAUGAAUUAAUGCAAAAACUAUGCAUGCAAACAGACGAAACUCCACGUUGGGACAGUAGAAAAUCAGAUGGAAGGUUCUGCUGGAAAUUCGAACUUCUUGCCUACGCAUUAAACUUGUCCAAUUUUUUGGUGGAACGAAACUUCAGGAAGAGAAAGUGGAGGAAGACAGUGAGCCAAGGGUGUCCUGACGUAUUGGGGCUAAUUGCAGGAAGCACGGAAUAGGAGAAUAGCAAGCAGCUAAAAACAAUGUCAUAUAAUUGGAUUUUUUUUUUUUUUUUUUUUUUUUUUUUUUUUUUUCAGUUACAAUGUUGAGAUGGGUUAUGCGCUUGAAUUAUUAAAAGCAUGUUGUGGUUCGGA